AUGGCCGCCACAUACGACAUCCCGCAGACGCAGAAGGCUGCAGUGACAAUCUCGUACAGCGAACCCGUGUCCAUCCAAACCGACUACCCCGUCCCACAGCCCUCCUCCCUCGAGCCCGGCCAAGUCAUCGUCAAGCUGAACUGCACCGGGAUCUGCCACUCGGACCUGCACAUCGUCCGCGGGGAGUGGGUGCACCGCCCACUGCCGUUCGUCGGCGGCCACGAGGGCGUAGGGAUCAUCGUCGCCGUUGCGCCCGGGACGAGGGAGAGCGACGAUGUGAGGCUUGGGAGCCGGGUGGGCGUCAAGUGGAUUCUGACCUCGUGCGGCCGGUGCGAGUUCUGCAGGACGGGGCGCGAUUCCGUGUGCGCUAAAGCGCCUCGCACGGGGAUGUUGGUCGAUGGUACGUUCCAGGAGUACAUGGUCGCAUGGUCGGACCAUCUCGUACCAAUCCCGGAAGGGAUGUCCGACGAGGCUGCAGUUCCGAUUUUGUGCGCUGGCUUGACCGUGUACAAAGGUUUGAAGGUAUCGGAGACCAAGGUCGGCGACUGGAUCGUUAUCCCUGGCGCAGGUGGCGGGCUUGGACAUUUAGCCAUCCAGUACGCCGUCGCCAUGGGCCUACGCGUCAUCGCAGUUGACACCGGCGACGACAAAAAAGACGCCUGCACGAAGCUCGGCGCCGAGAAGUGGAUCGACUUCAAGACCAGCAAGAACCUCGUGGAGGACGUCGUCGCGGCGUCAGGCGCACCUGGACCGCAUGCGGCGCUCAUCACUACACCUUCAUCGGCCGCGUACGAUGCGGCUGUGUUGUAUCUGCGCCCGUUCGGGACGUUAGCCGCCAUCGGGCUCCCACCGAAGACCGGUCCUGGAUCGACGUUCCAGACACCCAUCUUUGCGAUCGUGUCCAAGUGCCUGAGGAUACAAGGCAGUGUUCUAGGGAAUCUGCAAGAUGCGGUCGAAGCGCUCGACCUCGUCGCGCGGGGAAAGGUUCAUGCCUCCACGAUCCCAUGCAAGCUCGAGGAUCUGAAUCAAACGUAUGCGGAUAUGCUGGAUGGGAAGCUGGUCGGACGGGCAAUGGUUCGCUUCUAG